AUGCUUGUCAAGAAUCGUGAUCUUUUAAGAUAUACUUUUACCGCAUCUGACUUGACUAUUCAACAAAGAGUAGGGCGUACAGGCAGAGAUUGCGAUGGAACCGCUUUUGUGUACCGCAUCCUAGAUAAAGAAAUGGAAAACCAUUUUUAUACUAUUAACUUUAAUUUACAUGGACCUUUAGAAAUUUCUACUUUCUUGAAAAUGGUUGGUGGCGAGUCGGAUAACCCAAAACCCCAUCAAGAUCGGAAACCUGAAAAUUCUUUUAUUGUCCCCGAUUAUUCUUGUAGGAUGAGUGGUCAUAUGGUUGAACAAUUAAAGAAAGGAAGUAAAUCAAUGGACCUUAGAGUAGCUGAUCCAAGUGAACGUUUUGUCCAUUGGAGGGUUAAUGAUGUUAUUACUAUUAUUAAUAGAGAAAACCCUAAAGAUUUUAUCCAGGCACGAAUUAAGCAGAUUUUUGAGUACGGCACAUCAAAACAACCAACUCCUCAUAUGAAUUUACCUGAUACCAUCUCCAUGUUUGAAUCUUUUCCUGGUUAUUCUAAGAAAUGUAAACAAUAUGGAAGUCUGGUUUUUGCUUUAGAAAUAAUUUCUAUUGAAGAGACUAUCCAGUCUGCUCCCGUCCUUAAAAAGGAAGCGGAAAAGAUAGUUUUACCUAUUAAAAAUGAGAAGAUGAAGUCAGUUGAGUUGCCGAAACAAGAUGUCAGUGCCACGAAAGAAACAGUUCCUGCUAAGCAAAUAAAAUGGAUGCCUUCUGGAAAAA